GAGGGCGGAAGUUUCUGUGUAAUGAGGCUAUUAUAUCAUGAUGUUCUCAAUGGAAGAAAUGUCGAGCAUGCAGACGUGAAGUAUUCUGAUACCUUGAUAUGUGCUUUAAUCUCCACUGCCUUUUUUUAGCUAAACUAUUCAUCCUAUCCUGUGUGCUGCCAUCAUAUUCGGAAGAUGGAGAGAGAAUAUGUACACUCAUUCCUGGCUUUUUUGAUUGUACCACUUUUGAUGCGUCCUCAUAUCCUUGCUGGUGGAGAUUCCCUUCUCUCAACCUUUUGUGAGGGUGAUUUCGAAAACUACGCACUUAACAGCCCAUUUGAAAACAACCUCAAGCUCCUUCUCAAGUCUUUGCCAGCUUCCGCCAGUACUUGGGCGACAGGUUUCAACAACACCUUUGUUGGAGAGGGCCGAGACAGAGUCUAUGGACAAGCGCUUUGUAGAGUGGACGUCAACUCCACAGUUUGUCGGAUUUGUAUAGAGAAUGCAAGCCAGGAAAUCUUGAAGCAAUGCAAAACAGAAGCUGCGAUUAUAUGGUUUGACCUCUAUCAAGUUCGCUACUACUUCCAGAAUUUCUCUUACUUGAUGGUUUAUACCGGAAAGUAUCCAAAUCAGAACCAACUGGAAAAGAACGUAUCGAAUCCUGUUCAUUUUGUUCAAGUUUUAAUGUACUUGAUGAAAAAUAUCACAAACGAGACUGCGUUUGAUCCCUCUACACGCAUGUUUGCAACUGUUGAAAUUAAAUUCUCGAGGAACAAAACAAUCUAUGGUCUUGUACAAUGUACUAGGGACAUGGCACAACAAGACUGUUAUGAUUGUUUGCACUUUGCCUUAGGAGAUCUUCAGGCAUGCUGCUUUUCUCGCCAAGGUGGUAUUAUCGUUUCUAGGAACUGUAAUGUGAGGUUUCAGCUGUACCAUUUCUACAACGUCUCAGGUUUGGUGUUAACCUACCCAACUUCCAACGAGGAUAAAUGGAAGAUUUGGAUGGUUGUGAUCGUUUCGUGUAUACCACUCUCAGUACUAGCAAUAAUCGUUGGGUUUUGGGCUUCUUAUCAUGGGCGGAAGAAGAGAACAUUUUCUGAUUUGGAGGACGAUGACAGAAGCCAAAAUGCACUGGUACAUGAGUUGGCUUGGCCCACGGGAGUCGACAUUACAGAAGAGGGUGAAUUGGUUAGUUCUGAAGAACUGCCCUUCAUGAAACUAUCGACACUAAUGGCAGCUACAGAUAACUUUUCAGAUUCAAAUAAGCUGGGAAUUGGUGGAUUUGGGACUGUAUACAAGGGUGUGCUUGCAGAUGGUAAGACAGUAGCAGUUAAAAGGUUGUCAGGGAAGUCAUGGCAAGGCUUGGAGGAAUUUAAAAAUGAGAUCAUAGUUAUUGCAAAACUUCAGUACAGAAACCUGGUGAAGCUCUUGGGAUGUGCAAUAGAGGGCCAUGAAAAGCUGCUUGUUUAUGAAUUCAUGCCCAAUAGAAGCCUUGAUUUAUUUAUAUUUGAUUCGAAAAAACACAGUCAGCUUGACUGGAAGACAUGCUACGAUAUUAUUGUUGGUAUUGCGAGAGGACUUCUUUAUCUUCACGAGGACUCCCGGCUUAAAAUCAUUCACAGGGAUCUAAAGCCCAACAACGUAUUAUUGGACCAUGAAAUGGUUGUUAAAAUAUCAGAUUUUGGCGCGAGGAUCUUUGGUGAGGAUCAAAACACUGCUAACACUAGGAGAGUCGUUGGAACAUACGGAUACAUGGCUCUUGAGUAUGCAAUGGAGGGGCUGUUUUCUGUAAAAUCUGAUGUUUUCAGUUUCGGCGUCAUCUUGCUUGAGAUUAUUAGCGGGAGGAAAAAUAGCGGCUUCUACCUGACAGGGCAGGCCCAGACACUCCUUCCACACGCCUGGAAACUUUGGAAUGAAGGGAAAGAAAUGGAAUUUGUGGACCCUUUGUUGAUGGAGUCCUGCAUGAUUACACAAAUAUUGAAAUGCAUGCAUAUCGGGCUUUUGUGUGUGCAGGAGGAUCCCGCAGAUAGACCCACCAUAUCAAAGGUGGUAGUUCUAUUGGGGAAGGAAUCAAUACCUCUUCCUAAUCCAAAACAAUCUCCACUUUCUGUGGGUAGAGUCAUUCAGACUGAUCGUUUUCUCAUAACAAAUCCUUCUGUAAAUGAUCUUACUUGUUCCAUUCUUUCACCAAGAUGA